AUGGGCGACGCCAGCGACUUCGUCCGCCUUCACAUCACGCCGCUUGAUGCCGAGCUGAUCAACGUCGUGAUUCCUGCCUCAGUGCGGCCGAGUGCUCGCAAUAUUUCCUACCAUACGCUUGAGACAUUUCCGGAAAGGCGAUACGGAUUUGUUGAACUGCCUGAAGCGGAUGCGGAGAAGUUGAGAAAGAAGCUCAACGGGACAACGCUCAAGGGCUGCAAGAUGCGCAUUGAAAAGGCCCGUCCGGAGACGCGGGUGGAGCCGACUGGAGAGGAAGACGAGGUUCCUGAAAAGAAGAGAAAGUCCUCUAAAGAGGGCAAGGAGAGCUCCAAGAAGCGGAAGCGAGAGCCAGACGUCUUGGAGGGCGUGGCACUGCAUGACCGCCAAGUAAAGCGAGGAUGGACCGAGACGCCGACGACAAACAAGAGGAGAACUAGGAAGGAUAAGGAGAACAAGGAUAAGGAAAAAGAAAAAGAGAAGAAGAAGCGACCCAAGUCUAAAUACACAGAAGGAGAGGAGUGUCUUCUGAAGACGAAGCUGCCGCUAAAUACGAUGAAGAACUUGGCUCCCGAAGAGCUGGAGCUGAAAAAGAGGAGCAAGAAGAAGGGCAGCUCACGACAGGUUGUCAUUCACGAAUUUGAAAAGACUACGAAAUUCCCAGGCUUUCUCAAAACUGCUGCGGCGACCGAUCGGAAAACAGCGACUGAAUAUGUCGAGGGAAAAGGAUGGGUCGAUGAGGAGGGCAAUAUCGUGGAAGAAGUAAAGGAGAAGGAGAAGGAGAAGGCAAAACUCCCACAGCGCCCGAAGAAGGCACCCCAGCCUAGGAAAGUGUCUGAGGAGCCGGAAGAUGAAGAUAGCACCAGCAGCAGUGGCACUUCAUCAGACGGCACAUCGUCUGAAGAGGAGUCUGAAGAAGAAUCUGAGGCAGAGUCUGAAGAGAAAGUUGAGGCGGAAGUUGAAAAAGAGGCAGCGGAAGUGCCCGUUCAAGCCGCAACCAAGCCUGAGGAUGAAGAGGAGAAAGAAGACGACAGUGAUUCUUCAAGCGACGAUACAAGCGACAGUGGCACGUCAAGCGAAGAAGAGGAAGACGAGUCCCCAAAGGCAGCAGAACAAACAACGCCGAUAACCUCCAAGCCAAAUGCUUCCAAAUCCACUCCCGCAAGCGCCAAAUCCCUAGCAAUCAAGAUCCCGCCUCCCGAGACACCCUCAAACGGAAACGUGCAUCCUCUAGAGGCUCUAUACAAGCGGCCGAAAUCUGACAGCGAGAACCCCACGUCUGUUCCCAAGGAAGAGCCGUUCAGCUUCUUCGGUGGAGGCGAAGACGAAGAAGAUGAAUCUGAAGCUACACCCGCCAACGUUGUGCCCAUGACGCCCUUUACGCGCCAGGACUACGAAUGGCGCAACGUCCGCAGUGCCGCUCCCACGCCAGAUACGGCUCAUCCAUCGCGCAUGUCACGCUUUUGGGGUGCCUCGCCGGAGAAAGAUGUGGAGAUGGAGGACGAUGUAGCAAAUGCGUUGCGGGAGGAGGAGCAGGAGAUGGAGGAGGGAGAGGAUGAGGAUGACGGAGGCCCCGGGCAAGGGAAACAGUCUGCCACGACUGAUUUCCAGAAGUGGUUCUGGGAGAAUAGGCGAGAUUUGAAUCGGUCGUGGAUGACGCGCAGGAAGACGGCGGCCAAGGAGAAGAGGCACAGGGAGAAUAAGGCACGGGCAUCAAAGGCACUAUAAGCGCAGUUUUCUUUUUUCAAUCCUAGGGCAUUGCAUGAACAUAGUAAUAUUGUCAUUACGGAGCGAAAUAUAAUAUGGUAGUCUGU